AUGGUCAGAAAGGUGUGGCAAAAAGUGGCUAGAAAGGCGGUGCAGCUGCCGGACCAGGGGGUGUGUCAUAACGGGGAGUGUCCCGGUUCACUGGCAUAUACAGCGGCUUUGAGCUCAACUGCCCUGCCGACUCGACGCCUCUCUGCCCCAGCUGCAGCUACAAUCGCUCACCGCGGCUCAGACAGGUCCAAAGCAGUCCGAACCUCCGUCCGAACCCGACAACAACCGUUCAGUUGUGGUGUAGCCGACACCAUCGAGCAGUGUAACUCUGAGCCUUAUGCAGAGGCCUGUGUCGACGUCACCUUCUCAAAAAUGGAUGAUUACUGUUUGACUGCCAGGAUAAAAUUAAGAGCUGGAUUAAAAUGGACCAUGUCUGGCUCCUUUUCUGUAGGUGAUUUCUGCAGCCAGGAUGAGAGUGGCUCGGCGGCCAUCUUUACUGUCCAGAUGGACGACUACCUGGGAGGGAAACCCAUCCAGUACCGGGAGGUGCAGGGACACGAGUCCAAAACCUUUCUUGGCUAUUUCAAGUCUGGAAUUAAAUACAUGAAAGGAGGUGUUGCUUCUGGGUUCAAGCAUGUUGUCACCAAUGAGGUUGUCGUGCAGCGUGUGUUCCAGGUCAAAGGUCGCCAUGUUGUCCGUGCAACAGAAGUGGCUGUCAGCUGGGACAGCUUCAACCAGGGAGACUGCUUCAUCCUGGACCUGGGAGAUGAGAUUUAUCAGUGGUGUGGCUCCCAGAGCAACCGCUUUGAGAAGCUGAAGGCUACACAGGUUGCUAAGGGUAUCCGUGACAACGAGCGCAGCGGGAGGGCCCGGGUGUACGUCUGUGACGAGGGGAUGGAGAGAGAGAAGAUGGUAGAGGUUUUGGGUCCUAAACCAGAUCUGCCUCCUGGAGCCUCCGAUGACAUCAAAGCUGAUGCUUCAAACAGGAAGAGAGCCAAACUCUACAAGGUGUCUGAUGCCAGUGGGGCCAUGACCAUCGCACUGGUGGCCUCAGAGAACCCAUUCGCUCAGAGCGCCCUGGAGUCCGGGGACUGCUUCAUUCUGGACCACGGCAGUGAUGGCAAAAUCUUUCUCUGGAAAGGAAAAGAUGCCAACAUGGAUGAGCGAAAGGCAGCGAUGAAAGCAGCCGAUGAGUUCAUCAAGAAGAUGGGUUACCCCAAACACACACAGAUCGAGAUCCUGCCAGAGAUGGGUGAGACGCCGCUCUUCAAACAGUUCUUCAAAAACUGGAGGGACAAAGACCAGACUGAGGGCCUGGGCGUGGCCUACAUCGCUAACAGCAUCGCUAAGAUUGAAAAAGUGCCAUUUGACGCCGCCACCCUGCACGAGUCCUCCGCCAUGGCUGCUCAGCAUGGCAUGGUGGAUGACGGCACUGGAGAGAAACAGAUCUGGCGUAUUGAGGGGUCUGACAAGGUUCCAGUGGAUCCAUCCACAUAUGGACAGUUCUACGGAGGAGACAGUUACAUCAUCCUUUACAACUACAGUCAUGGAGGACGUCAGGGACACAUCAUCUACAUGUGGCAGGGCAUGGACUCCAGUCAGGAUGAGAUCGGGGCCUCUGCGAUCCUUGGGGCCCAGCUGGAUGAGGAGCUCGGUGGUGGUCCAGUGCAGGUUGUUGGUGCCCCCAUACGCACUCAGGUGAGAGUGGUGCAGGGUAAGGAGCCGGCUCACUUGAUGAGUCUGUUUGGAGGUCAGCCCAUGGUUGUCUACAAAGGAGGAACGUCCAGAGAGGGAGGUCAGUCUGCACCUGCAGAAACUCGACUCUUCCAGGUGCGCUCCAACUCCGCAGGACACACCAGAGCUGUGGAGCUUGAUGCCACGUCAUCCAACCUCAACUCCAAUGAUGCUUUUAUCCUGGUGACCCCUGAUGGCUCCUUCCAGUGGGUGGGAGUGGGUGCCAGUGACACCGAGAAGCAGGGAGCCCAGCAGCUGUGUGCCAUCCUGGGAGUGUCGGCCACGGAGCUGUCUGAGGGAGGAGAGACUGAUCAGUUCUGGGAGGCUCUGGGAGGAAAGACAGAAUAUCGCACCUCCACCAGACUCAAGGACAAGAUGGAUGCUCAUCCACCCAGACUCUUCGCCUGCUCCAAUAAGACUGGAAACUUUGUCAUCGAGGAGGUACCCGGGGAGAUAACUCAAGAUGACCUCGCCACUGAUGAUGUCAUGAUCCUGGAUACCUGGGAGCAGGUGUUUGUAUGGAUUGGAAACGAGGCUCAGGAGGAGGAGAAGACUGAAUCAAUGGCGUCUGCGGUGCGUUACAUUGAGACAGAUCCAGCCAACAGGGACCGCAGGACGCCCAUCGUCAAAAUCAAGCAGGGCUUCGAGCCGCCAACCUUCACCGGCUGGUUCCUGGGCUGGGACUAUGACUACUGGACCACAGACCCCCUGGAGCGUGCCAUGGCUGAACUGGCCAUAUGAAUCUCACCUGACCCCCUGCCUUUACCUUAGACCCCGCCCCGGCUGCAAUGCAAACACUGAGCUCUAUCAGAAGACUUUUUUUUUAGCUGCAGUACACCCUGAAAAUGCGAGGGCUUUCUUUUUUUAUGUCAUUUUUUAAGGGAUAGAUUGAUGAAGCAGUGUUUUAAUUCAUCAUAGGCUACAGUGAUGCCUAUGAGUGUAAGCAGGCACACAGGCUUCCUGUAGGGUUUGCACUAAAAGAAUCUGCUUCUUUGACUUUCACUGAAGACAAUUUUUCUCAUGUUUCUUAUUAUGACAAUAAACCUGUUAACUAGUGAAACGUUUAAGCAAAAACACAUGGCAAGAAAGUUUGAGGCCUCAAAGUGAGGAAUGGUUGGAAAACUCACUGCCAGGACAACACCGCUUUCAAAACAGCAAUAAACCUUUGCCUUAAUACCCUGUCCUUCAGUUAUAAGUAAACCUGCUUUUUAAAAGGUACUGUCGAAGUUUUAGGAUGCCUUAUGGGCAAGUUGUUGCACCUUUAAUAUGCCUUUUAUAUUUAUUUUUUCAAAAUGCUACAGAUUCAUGCCCAGGAAGCUCGUGUGAUGCUGCAUUAGCCAACUUUACAUGGGAAACUGACGCUUUGCUGCUUUUCAAACCAGUUAUAUGUUCUGUGACACUUUCUGAAGGUUUCCCUGAAGUCAUGUUAUCAUUUCAAUAAAAUCCAAAUGAAACAUGUUAAGUCA